AUGUCGAGCGUGAAUCCCCGUGCCAAUCGAUUCCGCAACGUUGCGAGUCAGUCCAUCCUGGUGCCACCUCCGCUCCCACUCAUAAACUUACCGGAAGAACCUCGUCACGUUCGAACUGGAGUUCCAGAUGAACGUCCGAUGAAUCUACCAAUCCGCAGACAUCUUCCCAAUGUUGUCGCAAUAGCAUCAUGGAAAAGCAGUCAAUCUACAGAUUUUAACGCAUUGCAUCCACCAAAACCCGAGAGAAUUCUUCAGGAGAAUAAAACGUUGGUAGAUUUCGAAGCAGCAGCGUACGAAGAGCUCGAAGUAUCGUCACGGCUUCACGUGUAUGAAUACAAUCAGCCUAAUAUUUUUCGAGACAGCAACGCACCGGACGAUACUCUUAUCUUCGAUUCAUUAUUCGAAAGUGGUAAUUUACUUCGAGCCGAGCGAAUAUUUCGUAAAAUACCAACCCAUUCCGGAUCUCGAAUACCUCAACAAGAGUACGAAUUGCUGAUCCACCCAGACGUCAAGAAUGGAGCUUAUCGUCAAUGGUUUUACUUUGAAAUUCGCAAUGGGAAACCAGGAGUUAAAUAUCGCUUCGCUCUCGUUAAUCUUGCAAAAAGUGGGGCUUUGUUUGGCCAAGGUUUGCAGCCUGUAGUAUACUCAGAGCGUGACGCAGCAAGCAAAGGCUUGGGCUGGAGACAUCGAGGCACGCAUGUGCGGUACGACGUGACUGCAUCUCCAUUGGCUCCUCCAGGAGCCAACGCUCUGUCCUUCCACUACGAAUUCGAGCACGAGAACGACUGUGUCUACUUCGCAUGCAUCCAACCUUAUACAUACACCGAUUUAAUGGACUACUUGGAGCUAUUAGAGCGUGAUCCACAACGUUCCUUAACAUGUCGUCGCACUGAGCUUUGCCAAAGUCUUGCAGGGAACGCAUGUGACCUGCUCUCCAUCACAUCUCCAGGUAAAGACGGGCUUCCACCCGAUGAACGGCGCAUUAUUGUAGUUUCUGCACGGGUACACCCAGGCGAGCCUAAUAGUAGCUGGAUGAUGCAGGGAAUGCUCGACUAUCUCACAGGACCGAGUAGUGGGGCUACAGUUCUUCGACGAAAUUUUGUGUUCAAAGUGGUGCCGAUGCUUAACCCAGACGGUGUAAUUAACGGUAAUACUCGUGUAAGUCUGGCAGGAUGGGACCUUAAUCGAAAGUGGAGCAACCCGAUCGAGCAACUUUUUCCCACGAUAUACCACUUAAAGCAGCAGUUAGCGCACUUUCAAUCUCGCGGACGUGUUGCAGUUUACUGCGAUUUGCACGGACACAGUAUCAACCGUAACAUCUUCACAUAUGGCUGUUACAAUGCGAAGAAGAAGACUACUUCAGACGGAUCAAAAACUUCAGUUGACACGGUUGGAGUCAAGUCGGAUCCGCGGGUUUUUCCUAUGAUCGUCGCUCGACACGCUCCAUGUUUCUCGUUCUCUAAUUGCGACUUUACUGUGCAUAAAUCCAAGAUGACUACAGCUCGAGUAGUUGUGAAUCAGGAGCUUGGGGUGACGAAUAGUUAUACACUUGAGGCGAGUUUCUGUGGACCUGAUUUUGGUGCCCGUAGAGACACUCAGUUCUCCACUUGGGACCUCGAAGAAAUGGGACGAUGUUGGUGUCAAAGUUUAAUCGUUUAUUACGGUCUCACUGCUCACGUUAAGGCGUUAGAUAUCGAGCGUAAGAAACCAGUAACACUCGACCAAUCCAUCGCUGAAGCACCAUCUCCAACGAGUCGAAGUAGUCAAGUACAAAUCAGUGAGGCACUGCGAGUGGACGUGGAAGAUGAAGAGAGUCGACUUGCAAGGGACCUCCUACUAGACUGCGAAGCCGCGAUCUCUGCUUUGUUCGCAUCCUCAGGUGUUAAUGAAGACAACGGCAUGGAUUCGGAUCUUUCAGGUGCCGAGGAUGAACCCAUUCCACCGAGUCCAUCAGGUGCUCCACAAAUUGAUACUGAACAGAAGAACUUACAAGAUACAGUCGAAGUUAAUGAUGUUGAGGCGUCUUCUAGUACUCAAGAAGACGUAUCCGCGUUGGAUAACUCUGGAGACCAAACUGAAAAGAAAUCGGAAAAGAAGAAGCGAGGAUCAAAAUUGAAAUCAGUGGUCAGUCAAACGAUGAAGAAAGCCAAGAAGAAGAAGAAGCAUAAGGAUAAACCGGAGCUAAAAAAUACCUACUCAACAUCAACACCAACGCAAUCGAAACCUGAUGAUACAUUAACUUUUACUCCCGAACUCGAGCUUUCAACUCCAGAUGCUGAUACAAACUCUAAGCCGCUAACAAAAAGAACCAUGAGUGCCGCUCGGAAGAGUAAGAGUGUACGCCCUAAAAGCUCGAUCGAGACCCCUAAAAGCGUCUCCAGCGCGAUCCUCCAAGCCACCAAGAACGUGGAAUUGCGAGCGAAUUCUCGACUGUGUCCACUACCGACGCAUCCAAACAUUCCAUUGGUGCUGCCAAGUGUCGUAGAUAGCAGCCGUGUGGUCCCACGUAUCCUCCGAACUGCACCAGUCUGCGAUCCAGACAUUGAAGAUAAAUCUAGAAUUCGCUCAGAACUCCCCGCUCUGCAACUUUCCGGUCGAGAUGAAGACCAACGGCGACAUUCUCUACGACGAAGGUCCCGACGACAGGAGAAUGACAUUAAAUCUGACGAUUCCGACACUUUUCCUGUUCCAGAAUCAUACGGCUCAAGUAAACUCCUCAACUUAAUCACGUAG